UCGAGGAAGUGGGAAGAAAGCCGCAGUUGUAAAAGGGUCGCUACUGUGUACCAUUGGGAAGAGAGGACCUCUCGCUGAAAAUGUCGGGAUUUGACAACAACCCCUUCGCAGACCCCGUGGAGGUUAAUCCUUUCCAGGACCCCUCAGUCACACAGGUGACUGCCUCUGGUGUUGAACGAAUGGAUGACUACAACCCUUUCUCUGAGAGCACCACAGUGACCACCACCAUCCCUGUCCCCACCUCACCCUCCCAGCCAGCUGUGCUGCAAGCCUCAGUGGAACCCAGUCCCCAGGUCACAGCGGCUGCAGGUCAGGCAGACCUGAUCAGACAGCAGGAAGAACUGGAGAGGAAGGCAGCCGAGCUGGAGCGCAAAGAGAGAGACCUGCAGAACAGAGGGGCCCCUGCAGGCAGAGAAAACAAUUGGCCACCCCUUCCCAAGAUCUGUCCCGUAAAGCCAUGCUUCUAUCAGGACUUCAAUGAAGAUAUUCCCCUGGAGUACCAGAGAGUGUGCAAGAUGAUGUAUUACCUGUGGAUGUUUCACUGUGUGACCCUCUUCCUGAACGUGCUGGCAUGUCUGGCCUACUUCACUGCGGACUCCAGCUACGGGGUGGACUUUGGUCUGGCCAUCCUGUGGUUCAUCCUUUUCACCCCCUGCUCUUUCCUCUGCUGGUACCGGCCGAUCUACAAAGCCUUCAAGUCUGACAGCUCCUUCAGUUUCUUCUUCUUCUUCUUUGUAUUUUUCUUCCAAGUGGCUGUGUAUAUCAUCCAGAGCGUGGGCAUCCCCAAAUGGGGAAACAGUGGCUGGAUUUCAUCCAUCUCCAUGAUUGGUAGUAACCUGGCUGUCGCCGUAGUGAUGAUGGUGGUUGCUGGCUUCUUCACCGUUUGUGCUGUGCUGUCCAUCAUCUUGCUGAAAAUGGUUCACUCGAAGUAUCGGCGAACAGGUGCCAGCUUUCAGAAAGCACAGCAGGAGUUCUCUCAGGGUGUCCUCUCCAAUGGUACCUUCCAGAACACGGCCGCCAGCGUGGCCUCUACUGCAGCUCGGGGAGCCUUCCAGAGAAGCUAGACCCCCCCCCCAUCCUCAAACCACAACGUUCUCUGGGUGUGCUGUUUGGGCUCAGGUUGGGAAAAAGGGGCUGUGCUUAAUGAAGGGAAUUCUGCACAUUGCACAAGUGGACACUGCGGUUGCCAUAAGGCAUGACACAUGAGAGUACCCACAAAUCCAAGUGUAACCAUCUGUGAAGUUUUCCCCUUUUGUUUGUUUCAUUGUGACAUUUGGAGAGUGUGAAGGUUUUCUCUUUACUUUUAUGUGUUUUUACUUUUUUACUGUUUUUCUGAGGGCCACUUUGGAAGCUGUGCAAGUAGGAGGGAGUCUUUCCUGUUUGUGGAGCUGCUCUGAUGCAGAAGACACAAAUUGUCAUUUAGGAAGUGAUACGAGCAAUGUGUAGAGAACAUUACCUCCUCAUUUUCCUGCUGGCUUGUCCUGUAAAUCAUCAAGCCUCCUCUCAGAUGUUUUGUUUGGUUUGGAUUUCCUAUUUAACAGAAGUAUUCAUGAGGUAGUAUGUAGUUUUAGAGACCAUGUGAGACUAAUGCACAGCUAAUCGACAGGGUGCACGCCUGGUGACCUCUUAACUCUGACCUCAAGUUUCAUCAUGGAAGAGGAAAACUAAACCAGAACUUAAGCAUCUUAUGAAGGUUAGGGGAAGUCUGCUCAGAAUAUUUGCCUCUGUGUAAUAGACAUGUUAAUAAGUUAAAAUUAUUCCUCAGACCUAACUGUUCAGUUGGCUCCACUUCCCAUCGUAAGAGGGGCCUGUUGUAGGGAUCUGUUGCAUUUUUCUUUCUGUAAGAUACCCUGCAUUCUAUAACUGCCACACCGUGUUGCUGAAUGCGGUGUGAGAGGACCACAAAUGUGUGGAACAUGCCUGCUAGUACUGCAUAUGCCAUUGUUUCAUGUUUUCUUCUGUUACAGGGAGUGGAUGUCGUUACAGAUGAUUAUAUACCAUUACAAUUUUGUUUAAUCCAAAUGUGAUCAUUUUGAACGUAAAAGUAUCAGAUUACAAUCAAAAUAAUUGUCUGAAGGGAGUAUUCUUCUUUGAGGGUUUGCAUAAGUAUGAACUGUAAAUAUCCUUAAUUAGG